ACUUGUCCUUGUCCUAAUCGAUGCGACGCGGCUAAUGAGAUGCAAACAAGGCUCGCAGCUGGAAUUAGGAUUAGGGCCCUGUCCGGCUGGCAGUACUCUUCCCGAUUGCCUGACAGACGGGACGGAGAUGAACGUGACCAGCCUGCUGCAGUUCGAAUCGAUGAAGUACAUCGGCGCCCAGACGCAGACGGCGGCCAUCAACCAGCACGUGGCGCAGGCGCUGAGCGUUUUCAUCGAGGACUUUUACCAACGGAUUGCGCCCGCCUUCAUCGUGAUCCUCUCCUGCCGGCGGCCCAGUCCGAUGAACUUUUACCGCACCAUCAUGCAGUUGCUGUACGAGAGCGUGGAUACGAUGAUCAUACAGCUGGUGCUGGUCGAGUUCGGGCGACCGCGUCGAAGGAUCGAAGGACCGAGGACGCACAAUCUUCUCCUUGUCGAUUCGUUGGAUGCGCUGCUGGACAUCGAGAUCCACACGUACACUGCCCAGUCGGACGGCAGCGAAUACUACUUUAUAUUCCUGCAGCAACGGGAUGCCCUCAUACCGCAGGACAUGCAGGGCGUCUUUGCGUAUUGCUGGCGGCACCAGCUCAUCAACUGCAACGUGAUGACACAGAGCUCCGGCGGCCAGGUGCUACUCCACACCUACUUCCCCUACGAGCCCGAUCGCUGCAGCGAGACGUCCCCCCGGCCUGCAAGAAUCAAUCGCUUCCUGGGCGAGUCCUGGCAGCACCGAAACUACUUUCCCUCCAAGCUGCACAAUCUCAACGGGUGUCCUUUGGUGGUCCUGGCCCGGUCAGUGGCCCCCUUCUUCGAGCUGCAGGUGGGGGGGCCCCGACAUAUACUGGUGGGUCUGGAGGGCCAGCUGCUGCAGGAACUAUCCCACCGGAUGAACUUCAGCAUUCAGUUCGAGGGCUUGCAGGAACAGCAGAGGAAUCAAAGGACCUGGACAGAGCGCCAGCUGCUUCAGCGGUUUCAGAUGGAGGGCCGACGCACAGCGGCGCACCUGGCCAUAGGCUAUGUCCGAAAGCAUAUCCAGUACUCCGGCAACCUGACGCCGGUGUUCCCGCACUACUCCAACCGCUUGGUGGGCUGUCUGCUGCUCAAUGCCCACAACCUGACCAGCCGGGAGAUCUGGGCCUUCCCGUUCCAGGCCCUCACCUGGCUCUGCCUGUUGGCCAGCUUCUUCCUCUUUGCCAGCUGGCUGUGCUUCGGCCUGAUCGUGCGCGCCAUGUACUCCGCCCUGUUGUUCCUCAUCCUCCGCUAUCAUCUUCACCAACGGCUGCCAGACACUCUGCAGGAGUUAGCCGACGGUGGCUAUGCGGCGGUGAUGAGUCGCUCGACGUUCGAGGAUCUGCAGAAAGUGGCCAGUUUGCAGGACCUCCUGGGACUGGGUGGAUCCGUGAUGGUGGCCUCCGAGCGGGAAGAGGAGGUCCUGCGGCAGCUGGAUCUCUGUUCCACUGGAUCACAUCCCCUUAUCUUUGGCCUGCUCUCCGAGGACGCCCUGCUCCAUCUGACCCAGAGGGGACAUCGAGCGGGAUCCUAUCACAUAAUCCAGCAACACGUUCUGGAGCAACAGCUGGCCAUCUACCUGCAAAAGCACUCGCAUCUGGCGGCCCACUUGGACCACCUGGUCAUGUCCAUUAGGUCGGUGGGUCUGGUCCACCACUGGGCUGGCCAGGCGGCUAGCGAGCGCUACUUCCGCAGUCGAUUCCUCUACCGGGAGAAGCGCAUCCUGCUGCCGGAUCUCCUUGCGGUCUAUCUCCUUGUCGGUGGACUCUACCUCUGUUCGCUGGUCAUCUUCAUCUGGGAAGUCUGGGGUGCCAGACGGGGAGUCGUAAAUCCAAGAGCCGGAGAAUAG